AUGGAGACCAGGAGCUCAAAGAAGCUUGGAGAGGGCCUCAAUGGUGGCGCCCAAGGGGUGGACCUUGGAGGUAGGGACGGCGCCCAAGGCUUGGGAAGUAGAGUAGAGGAACGAAGAGGAGUCUAUGGCGUCGGCCUUAUGGGCGGCACUCAUGGGGCUAGCGACGGCACCCACCAUGCUGGCAUAAUAGGCGGUGCCCAAGGCUCUGGAUUCUUGGCUGGAGGCGAUAGGUACUUGAUAGAGAGAGGAGGUGGCGCCUAUGUUGAGAAAAGGAAAGGCGACACCUUGGCUAAGCACCAGGCCAUGGGCGGCGCCUAUGUUGAGGAAGGGAGAAGCGACGCCUUGGCCAUGCCACAAGUCAUGGGUGAGACAAGCGACGCCUACCGUGCAUUGGACGGCACCAGCUGCACUCCGGGCGGUGCCCAUGAUGUGCCAGGCAGCUACUCGGGCACGAUCCAGGCCUCUAUUUUUGAGGUUAGUAAUAUGGGCGGCGGUCAAGGCGCUGAGUCCCUUGUUCCAAGCGGCGGUGACUUGGAUGCUUUGGACGACGUUGGUGGAGCAUGUGAGCAGGUGCAGCAACACCUUUGGGCACUUGGGUAG